AUGAAAAAACGAAAGAAGACGAUCUACAUAAGUGAUGAGGUUGUGCUUGCGUUUAUCGAUUGUGUUUUUCGGCAUGAGGCGGUCUGGAACCGGCAACAUCCAGAGUACAAAAAUAUUCAUCAUAGAAAUGAUGAGUGGAACGACAUCGCAGCAGAAAUGGACCAACCAAUCGAUGAACUUAAAGAGAAGUGGGCAUCGCUCCAAUCCAUUUACCGGAAGUACCGCUCAAAAUUGAACCGGAGCAUGGUAACUGGAUCUGGAGCUGAUGAAAUUGAUCACCCACGGUGGUUCGCUUUUGCUGCGAUGUCGUUCUUAGACGCAACGACUGAUUGUGGAAAUACCGUUAACACCCUUUCUCAUUUGGAAAUAGAGGUGUUGGACGAGGCCCUCACACCUUCUCCAGGACCGUCGUGUGUGCCGUCACCGCAGCCUGGACCGUCGCGUGUGCCAUCUCCGCGACCUGGACUAUCGCGAGUGCCGUCUCCGCGACCUCAACCAUCGCGAAUGCCGUCUCCGCGAUCAGGACCGUCGCGUGUGCCAUCACCUCGACCUGGACCCUCGCGUGUGCCGUCACCGCAACGUGGACGGUCACAUUAUGCCACACCGCCUCGUCCAUCUACUCCGCCAAAUGUAGCGUCAAGGCGGUUUAAAAAGCGUUAG